AUGCUCUCCAAGCUGCUCCCGCUCGCCGCCUUGGCAGCUGUUCCCGCUCUUGCAGCUCCUACUCCUGCUGCUGCCGGAAACUGCUUCCCCUUUGGCACUGCAACUUUCCCCGGCAACUAUGCUGCCCCAAGCACCGCUCUCAACAACUGGUGGUGCCCUCAGUCCGACUUUUAUGGCUUCAUGGGCUUCUCAUAUCCUCUCGAGGAUAGCACCUGCUCCGACUCUGACAACGGCUACGCUCAGAUGAAGAAGGACUUUGCCCAGCAGAAGAAGGACUUUGGUGCGAGCAUUGUGCGCAUGUACUACCCUACGUGCACGCAGUCGAGCGUCUUUAUCAAUGCCAUCAAGGCUGCCUAUGACAACAACAUGGGCCUGAUUGUCCAGGUCUGGACCAACUUUGGCGGUGGUAAUGUCUGGCAGCAGUCCCAGCAGGCCAUCUACAACGCCAUCAACGACCCCUCCGUCGCGGCAAUUGCCCCCUAUGUCGUCCACUGGGCAGAGUUCGGCUCCGAGCCCGUUGGCGACGGCAUGGACCAGGGCAACUUUGUCAACGACCUCGGCAAGUUCCGCGCCACCCUCAACGCAAAGGGCAUCUUGGCCGGAAUCAGCGAGGACUGGGACAGACCCGGCACCAUGAGCGGCAACAACGGCCAAGGACUCGGUUCCAUCGGCGCCGGAGUCAAGGCCAACUCUGACUUUGCUCACAUCCACCCCAUGCCCUUCUACCACGGCAACAACCCCGAGUCGCAAGCUUGGAGCUACAUCCAGUCGCAGAUCAACUGGGUCAAGACCAACGUCGGCCUGCCCACCUUUGUUACCGAGACCCAGUGGGCUUGGGGUCCUACCGACCACUAUCCCGGACACCAGGACCUUGGCGUCACUCAGUACACCAACUACUGGAAGACUUUUGACCAGAACUGCGCCUACUUCAAGCAGCAGAAUGUCGGCUGGUUCCUUCACGCCUGGAGGGGCGAGGAUACUUUCGACAUCGUGAACCCCAAUGGUGGAUACAUUAUCCCCAACUGGAGACCCCAGCAAUGCUAA